AUGUUAGCCCAUCUCGAGACCCUCCACCUUCAAGAAAAUAACUUAAAUGGUUCAAUACCGAAAGAGAUUAGUAAACUGACCUUUCUCUCUGAGCUUGCCUUGUAUGAUAAUUCUCUUGAAGGAGAAUUGCCUCCAACAUUGGGUAACUUAGGAAAUUUGACUCAUUUAUUUCUUGAUCGAAAUAAGCUUUCUGGUCAAAUUGCACCUAACAUUGGUAAUUUGAAGUCUUUGAGUAUUCUACACUUGUUUAAAAAUCAACUGUCUGGGCCCAUUCCAAUUGAAUUAGGGAAUUUGAAGUCUCUCACUGAGUUGCAACUUCACGAAAAUAAUCAACUUUUUGGUCCCAUUCCCAUUGAACUAGGGAAUUUAAAGUUUCUCGUUAAGCUGGAUGUUAGCGAAAAUCAACUUAGUAGUUCAAUUCCGUCAUCGUUGGGUAAUUUAGGGUCUUUGAAUCUUCUACACUUGUUUAAAAAUCAACUAUAUGGGCCCAUUCCUAUCAAAUUAGGGAAUUUGAAGUCUCUCAUUGGGAUGGAACUUCAAGAAAAUCUACUCAAUGGUUCAAUUCCUUCAUCGUUGGGUAAUUUGAAGUCUUUAAAUCUCUUAUACUUGUAUAAAAAUCGACUCUCUGGACCCAUUCCUAUUGAACUAGGGAAUUUAGAGUUUCUAGCUAGGCUUGAUUUUAGCGAAAAUCAACUCAUUGGUUCAAUUCCAUCAUCCUUUGGUAAAUUGAAGUCUUUAGAUUUCCUAAACUUGUUUAAAAAUCAGCUUUCUGGGCCCAUUCCUAACAAAUUAGGGAAUUUGAAGUAUCUCACUGAUCUAGAACUUCACGAAAAUCGACUCAUUGGUUCAAUUCCUUCAUCAUUGGGUAACUUGAAGUCUUUGAAUAUAUUAUUCUUGUACAGGAAUAAUCUUUUUGGUCCCAUUCCUAUUGAACUAGGGAAUUUAAAGUCUCUUAUUAAGCUGGAUCUUAGCGAAAAUCGACUUAGUGGUUCAAUUCCGUCAUCAUUGGGUAAUUUGAAGUCUUUUGAAUAUUCUACAGUUGUUUAA